UGGCUCUUUAUAUAAAUAAAAUUGUCGCGUCUUUUUUUUUUUUUUUUUUUUUAAAAAAAAAAAAGUUAUCCAAAGAACUAAAAGAACUCAAAGAACUCUAUAACUAUUUACUGGUAAAACAAUAUGCAACACCACGCGCAAGCAAUAGAUCUAUCAAAAGCUCCCACUAUGGAAGAAGUAUUAAAUGGUCGACUUCACUUGAGACAAAGGUCAUUUAAUUCAGAGAACCGUAUUUUACAAGAUGAUAUAACAGAAAAGUUCAAUAAACGAGAUAAAAGCUACAGGGAAUCGCGUACUUAUUCGCAACAGACACCACUGCAAACCUUUCAUUGGUCUUCCCAAGACUUACCUCAAGAUUUUCGGUCUAACGAAGAAAACAUUUUUAAGUUUGGAAGUGAGUCAACUGUUACAAUGGAUGAAAUAUAUAAUAAUGGUACCGGAAAUAGAGGAAAUAAUUUAUCAAAAAAAAUUUAUACAAUUCCUUAUUCACUUCAUUUUAAUCAUAAUACUUUACCUGUUACAACAAAUCCAUUUUCCGAGAAUCGAUUUUCAUGUUUAGAAAAUGAACUUCAAACAUGGUUUUUAGACGAAAGUAAUUUUACGGAUAAAUCAAAGGAUUAUAUUUCAUCUCUAUUUCCUAUUUCAAUCGAUGAAGAAAACAAGAAUGUUAUAAACAAGAAUGUUAUGCAAAAUAGGAACGAAACGGAAGGAAAAAUCUUAGCAAAUAAUUUUGAUCAUACAAAUAAAAUUGACAUUCUUGAUUCUGAAUAUCGAAUAAUAAAGAAACUCGCCGAAAAGCAACAGCAUAGUGUCAAAGAAAGCUUAGCAGCAGAAAGUUUGGUGACAUUACAAACUUCAAAAGAAGAAAAUGAAUUGUUACAAUCAUCUAAAGAUCAAAGGAUGCAAAAUAAAAAGAACGGGAAAACCAAACAAAAAGCUCAUAAUGAACAAAAUCAAGCAGAUAAGGAGAAUCAUCAUGAUUUAAACACGAAAAAUAUGCUCCCAGAUCAGCUUCUUUAUGAUAUGUUCAUUAAAAGUGGGUUAACAAUGGAGGAUGUACUAAAAUUUAAGGAAGAUAGUUACAGAAAUCAAAAGCCGCAAUUUCUAUGCAAAUACCUACAACGGUCAAUAUGCCAACGCAAUUGCAAGCACCAGUUCCCGUACCAAAUCCAUUUCAAAGUCCUGCACCAAUUAACCCAGUAAAGAUUAAGUUACCAAAAACAAAACCUGCAAAUGUUUCAGGAUACAGAUCAAAACCCGCACCAAUCUUACCAGGGACAAUUAUACCCUAUCACCCGUACCUAAAUCAAGAAGACGAUGCAGAAACAAACACGCAAAUGAAUGAUAUACAAGAAAAACAUCAACGGCCAGGUUAUUCCUAUGCUUCUAUGAUAGGACAAGCCAUAAUG